AUGUCAUUUUCCUAGCAUACCUGAGGAGCCAGGAAAUAAUAUCUGAGCCUGGAGGGACAGCAAAGAUGGAACCUCCAAAGACGGAGAGAUUAGAGCAAGAAACAAAGCUUGUAAUUUAUUUCCCUUCUCCAUCCUUCUUAGCCUGAAAAAGUGGCCACAUUCCUGGCGAUCCCUUUAUUUUACAGCUUUGAGCUUGUGGUUUUUGUUGUUUUUUUUUCAAAAGCCAGCGGAUGCUGCCAGUUCCCAUCACCUAAUCAAAGCUGCUGUGUGGAGGGGCUGCCUCGUUAUUCCAUCCCAUUAUAGCCUCAGGCAGUGGCUGUGCUUCAUAACAGCCCAGGAAAGCUGACAGGUAACCAAUGAGAUGCAUAUUCCAGUGACAACCUCCUGCCCCAGGGAGCCAGGACCCUCUUCUGCACCAGAGCUGGGCUCUUUGUGCCUGGGUGCUUCCCUGGAGCAGCUGGGACCAUUGUCUGCCAGGCCAUGGAGCAGCCAGCGCUGCUGCGGGAGGAGGUGGCCCAGCUGCAGGAGGAGGUCCACCUGCUCCGGCAAAUGAAGGAAAUGCUGACCAAGGACCUGGAGGAGACCCACGGCAGCAAAUCCCCAGAGGUGCUCUCAGCCACCGAGCUGAAGGUGCAGCUGGCACAGAAGGAGCAGGAGCUGGCACGUGCCAAGGAGGCCCUGCAGGCCAUGAAAGCUGACCGCAAGCGCUUGAAGGGGGAGAAGACAGACCUGGUGAGCCAGAUGCAGCAGCUGUACGCCACGCUGGAGAGCCGAGAGGAGCAGCUCCGCGACUUCAUCCGCAACUACGAGCAGCACAGGAAAGAGAGUGAGGACGCGGUGAAAGCCCUGGCCAAGGAGAAGGAUCUGCUGGAGCGGGAGAAGUGGGAGCUGAGGCGGCAGGCCAAGGAGGCCACAGACCAUGCCAGCGCCCUCCGCUCCCAGCUCGACCUGAAGGACAACCGCAUGAAGGAGCUGGAGGCAGAGCUGGCCAUGGCCAAGCAGUCCCUGGCUACGCUGACCAAGGACGUGCCCAAGCGCCAUUCCUUGGCCAUGCCUGGCGAGACGGUGCUGAACGGCAACCAGGAGUGGGUGAUGCAGGCUGACCUCCCGCUGACCGCCGCCAUCCGGCAGAGCCAGCAGACCCUCUACCACUCACACCCCCAGCACUCGGCGGACCGGCAAGCGGUCAGAGUGAGCCCCUGCCAUUCCCGGCAGCCGUCCAUCAUUUCCGACGCCUCAGCGGCCGAAGGUGACCGGUCGUCCACGCCGAGUGACAUCAACUCACCCCGGCAUCGAACGCACUCGCUCUGCAACGGGGACAGUCCUGGACCGGUACAGAAGAACUUGCACAAUCCAAUCGUACAGUCUCUAGAAGACCUGGAAGACCAAAAACGGAAAAAGAAGAAAGAGAAGAUGGGCUUUGGCUCCAUCUCCAGGGUGUUUGCCCGGGGGAAGCAGCGCAAGUCCCUCGAUCCCGGGCUCUUCGACGGGACAGCCCCCGACUACUACAUCGAGGAGGACGCGGACUGGUGACGGCGCCAGAGCCUCUCCCGGCCCUGCACAUGUACAUAUCCCUAUCCCACAGCCCGUCCCACCUGUGGACCUGUUACCUGUUGUCUUGGGAGCGAUGCAGCUGUGUCGUAACUUCAGUUUUUCCCUUUUUUCCAUGGUUUUUUUGGUUGGUUUUUUUCCAUCCCGGUAACUCCUUUGUUGUCGCCUCAGUUUGUCCGUUUGGGUUGGGGCUUUUUUUCUUGUUUUGGGGGGGUCCUUUUGUUCUUUUUUGUUGUUCUUUUGACAAAACUUGAAACUUGAAGGACUGCUGUGUCUCUGUAAAUACGAGAAAUAUUGUGCACUUUGUGCUUGUGAUGUCUCUUGUCCGAAACCGCUGUUUUCCGGAGCCCAGCCUGCGGGAUGUCCUCGCUUGGGGACGAAGGACCUGCCCAGCUGAGGGAUCUUAGAGAGAAAACACACAAAAACAACAACAAGAAAAUCUCCUUCGCUGUGAUGUCUUCCUGGCCGAGCCCCGCGGAGGCGACCCGGGCUGGUUGUUACGCCUGCCGGUCUGGAAAUAAGUGUUUUAACGUUCCUUUUUAGUUGUUUUAAUUUAUUUGCACAAACCCAGAGGAGCUAUUCUAACUAAAUUAUUGCAGAAGUUUUGGGAUUUUUAUAUUUUUCCAUGUCGGUUGGGAUGGGGCGGGGAGGAGGAAGGGGGUGUUUGUACUGUACUGUCCUGGGAAGUUGCUGUUGGGGGAGAUUGGGGCUGUGGACCCCCCAGCCCAGGCUCCCUCAGCUGCCCCAGGAGCACUUAACGCCUUGGAAAACGCAAACCUAAACACGUGCCGGGAGAUCAGAUGGGGGCAAGCUGGUGGGAGCUUUGCCCGCUGUUUUUCCCUGCUUUUUGGGGGGUGCUCACCCUUUGCUUCAAGUAAAAUUCAGGGGGAUCCGGCACGAGCUGGGAGAAAGGUGAUAUCCCAGAUAUCCCAUAUCCCAAGGGAUUGCUCAGAUAGGGCCGGCCACCCCGCUCCAGUUUGGGGUGUUACUGCCGUCACAGGGGGCUGGGGAAAUCGGUACGAGUCCCCACUAGGGAGGUUUUUCUGGCUCUGGGGUGAUUUGGAAGCACAGGUGGAACUUGUUUUUCCAAAUUCCUCAGAAAUGCCCCCAAACCACCCCCCGGUGCGGCAGCCGCUUCCCCUCUCCACUAACACGUCAGCCGCGCUCUGCUUAUGCCAAGAUAAGUACCUUAUGCUUUAAUGCUUACAGUAUAAUUUUAAGCUCUUAAAAAAAAUGUAUUAAGAUUUAUUUAAUGAACUAUAAUAGUGUAUUAUUUUUCUUAAUUCUGAUACAUGCGCCCUGGUUGAAAAAAAAAAGGGUAUUUUGUCUUAAAUCACCGAACUAAACCGAUGCCCUCGCGCUGUAUAUUCCAUUCCAAGGGAUGAUGCAGAGAGGCCAUGGAGGGGGGUGACAGAGGGACCAGCCCCCCCAGACUCUCCUGGGGUGGCAGACCAGGCUUUGCCCCAUGGCAUCUUUUCUCUGCAGAAAAGCAUUUUUAUAUAUUUUGUUGUUUUUUGGGUUCUGUUUUUUUUUUCUUUGUUCUCCUUGCAUUUUUUAUAAUUUAAACUCUAAACCACCAGAACAGAUGAGCGAUCUCCUUGUUAUCAAGUAGUUUCCUUUGCAUUUCAGCUUUUUUGUAAAUUAGGAAGUAAUUCUAAAAAUUACUAAGAGGAUGAUUUAUUUAAAAGAGAACUUCGCUAAAUAGCAUAUGAAUUAUGGGUAACAUUAGAUUUAACUUUUCCCCCUGUGAGCGGGGGAGAAUCCUUGAAGGCAUGGAUGCAAAUAUAAAAUUAUAAAAGAUCUAAAUAAAGCUUAUUUUAAAG